AUGUUCGCGGCCCAUUGUCCUCAACGGGUUUAUAUAGCGUAUGUCUCAGUUUUGGAAUUGCGUUGUCGCAUUUUGAUUGGCUCUCCUUGACAUCUAGCCAUUCACAACGUGCAGAGGGAUAUUAUGGUCAGCGAAUAAAAUCAAGGCUAGCAAAACUUACCUAUUCGGAGAAAACUGGACGUUGAUUGGCUGAACGUCGUUUGGAUCAAAAGCCCUGGUAACCAAUAAAACGUCCGAAACUCAACAGCUUUAAUUGGUUAGUAAGCAUAGGCGUGAUCACCCAGUGAAUUUAGCUGUCAUUGGUUGGUCUCAUGUCUGAGUUAGAAGUAGUCCGCCUGGGCGCCUGUUCUCCUGGACUGUUUAGGCGUCGGGGCUAGUCGGUCACGGAGGAUAAGCAUCUCGCCAUCCUUAUAGUGCAUUUGUUACUACCCGGAAAUAAAGGGUAGCGACCCCCACAGCUUCUAAAAGCCCCUCCUCUACAGCGAUGUCAACAAAGUCCAGAAAUUGCUUUUCAAGUGACGAGUUGUGUAAACUGCAGAAGGAGCAGGGCAAAGGCAUGAAGGCCACUCAGGUUUGUACAAUAAUAAGCUGUUGUAUAGCAGCAAAGUUGAUAACAGCCACUUAACAGUAGUCGUGGUGGGAGGUUGAAGAAGUUCGAACAUGUGAGAAUAGGAGGUACAGUUUAGUUGAAGGCAUAGGGAGAGGAAUAGAGGGUGGUCUGCCGGUGGCUGGUGAUCGUGUUUAGUCGCCGUAACGUGACGUGGGAGGGUGUGGGCACUAGCAUGGAAAGCCAAUCCUGAGUUAUGGUACUCUGACAGCCCGAAUAAACGUCCUCCGCGACCACAAGACUGAAUAGACCGGCUCUAUAACCGUCAUUUCUGCCAACGAUGGCGCAGAAGCUUAGUGCCACGGCGCCUCUUAACAGAUCACUCGAAAUGCCUGGUUGAUGUCUACCCUGUGAUUGCUGUAAACCAAGUGGGCCUCAAUGGCUCUGGUUUAGUCAUGCAUCAUGGUGCUUUUACAUACUAUUAGAUAGGCGCCUUACUUUUGGCCACUAUUAGCUGCCCCAAAGGAGGAAGUGCAAGCGUAGAGGCACUCUGAUGAAGCUCGAGAGGGCAGGCUAUCCUCCCUUCAAGGCGCAGAAGUUGGGCGCAUGAGGAAAUGAGCCUUGAAGUCUGGGUGCGCGUGCGCGGUAUCACAGCUCAGGCCACGUUGUAGAGGUUAGCUUGCUGGACCCCUCGGAAUGGCGAUGUGAAGAGUACUUAUGUCCUCCCAGCCUUUGACGUGUUCGUUUUGAGGGGCGUUCUGUCAUGGAGCACCCCCACGCUGUCGAGUAAGAAAGCCACAGUUGACGGCUUUUUGUGCCGGAUCAAAGACCCGGGUAUGCAGUUUCAAUCUUAUGUCAACCGUUUUAAGGAUUAUUCCAAAUAAUUUGA